UAUUAACCUUAACGGUAAACAUAAAGAGCAAAAGACAAAUUUUAUAAUUACCAACUACUUAUUAAAUGUAUUACGUGUAUAAAAUUGGUGUAAAAAGAUGUUAUUUAGAACAACGUUAGAAUGUGUUUUAUAGCUUGUAUCAUAUAUAAGCAUACAUCAUCAAAUGUCAUCGAUAUCAAAAAAUAUGAGUGUUUUAAAUUUAGGAGAUCCAGAGUUGGAGCUAAUUGAUCCUACACCAAACAUCCACGCUUUAUUUUUACACUUUGACAAAACAUUCUUUUGGGAAAAGUUAUCAAGUCGAGCUGUUGUGCGUUGGAGUAAAAGGAUGUAUUCAUGUGCUGGAAUUUGCUCCUAUAAUACAGGUGGGCUUUGCGAUAUAGCAUUGAGUGAACCUUUACUAAAACUCCGACCAAGAAAAGAUUUAAUUGAAACAUUACUGCAUGAGAUGAUACACGGAUUCCUUUUUAUCACACGUAGAGAUCAAGAUAGGGAUGGCCAUGGUCCAAACUUCAAAGCCCACAUGUUUCGCAUUAAUAAAGCUGCUGGCUUAAAUAUUAGUAUUUACCAUGAUUUUCAUGAUGAGGUCAAACUUUAUCAAACACACUGGUGGAGAUGUAAUGGCCCUUGUACAUCGAUAAGGCCUCAUUUUGGAAUUGUUCGGCGAACAUCAAAUAGAGCACCAGGCCCUCAUGAUUACUGGUGGAAGGAUCAUCAAAGAAAAUGUGGGGGUAACUUCAUUAAAAUCAAAGAGCCUGAACCAAAAAGGAAAAGUAAAAAAGAGAAUAAAGUCAAUAAUGGUGAUAUCACCAAAUACAUUACUAAGGACAAUAAUAUAAAAGACAACCCUAUUGUGACUAUUCCGAAGCCUCUUAAAGAUUCAAAUUUGAAUAAACCAAGAUUGAGCAAUAUCAAUCUGGUGGUUUCAAAGAAAAAUAAUAUUAUAUUUAAUCCAAAAAUAACAAAACCUGUAUUGAAUGACAAACAUCCAAAUGACAUAACACAAAAUUCAUCAGAUGUUGUUAUGACAGUUAGAAAUGUUUGGGCUAACAAAAUCUUGUCUCCAUCUAUAAACAGUAGCAAUGUUACUCCUAAAAAAGCCAAUAAAAGGGAUAGUACAGUUCUUAAUCCCAAACCUGGUCCAGAAGAGUCUCAACCAAAGAAGAUUAUGAAAAUAGACGACUAUUUCAGUAAAACUGCUUCAAAUAUAUUGAAAGACAUAUAUGGACAAGAUUUUAAUAUAACACAGUCUGAAAAGGAUAAUAAAUUGAUUUCAGUUCCAAUAAAUCUAGUUAACUGUCCCAUCUGUGAUGCAAAAAUUAACAGUGAUAAAAUAAAUAACCAUCUAGACGAAUGCUUAAACAAAGAUGUAAUAGAAAUUGUAAGUCAAAAUGAAGAUAAUCCUGUGAUAUGUAGUAAUAAAAUAGAAAAUAGGGUUAGACAUGACAGUGAGGUCAUAGAUUUAACAAAUAUAGAAUUUGAAACACCAAAGAAUGAAAUACAUCCAUUGACAAAGGUUAGUAAAAUAAGUGAUGUGCAAGAGACUACAGAUGCUUUUGAAGAUAUGGAAUAUUUUGAUAAUAUAACAUUAGACGUAGAAGAAAAGAUACUUUCGGGGAGUAGUGAGCUUGACUACAAGUGUCCAUGUUGUGGGAAAGAAACUAAAUCCAUAGAGGAACAUUUAGAUCAGUGUCUUGCAUUCUUUGAUGACCCAACAUUAAUACCUGAAGAAGGUGCAUCUACGAGUUACAUAGAUACCAGUGAAGUGGAUGUGCACGAUGAAUCGUUGACUCUUAAUGCUUCAGGAACAAUGUCGCCAUGUCCUUGUUGUAUGAAGAUGGUAGAAAUGGCUAAUAUGAAUAAUCACUUAGACAACUGUUUGAGUUCUAGUUUUAGUCAAAAUUUUGAUGAUACAUAAUUAUUAAUAAUCUAGAAAUAAUUUGGUUGUGAGAUAUGUUAUUUAUUUUAUGUUAAAUUUAUAAUUUAUGUAAAUUUUAAUGGGUUGCGAUUUUGUCUUUUGUUAAUAUAUGCAGAUAUUUGAGUAAUCAUGUGAAAUAUAUACUUGAAUACAAUUAAAAUGAUACUGGUAAUAAAAGAGAUUUUGUUCAAUGGAUUCAUAAUAAAGUUUUAAUUUACCUCUCAAUAUUUACUUAAAAAUAUUAAAAUUGAGUGAUGACAAUGUUCUCCAUACACUACAAUACUUCAGUAAAACAUUAUUCUAAAGCGAAUGCUAUACUUUAAUAUUUCUUGUUAAGUUCGAUACAAAAAUUACUAUUACAUCUACGUGAUGAUAGUAGGUACUAUCUAAGUAUGGCUUAUUUACAAGUCGGUCAUAUUAAAGAGCAAUAUACAUACUGAAGUUAAGGGCUUGAAAAGUUGUCUUUCAUCAUCUGAGAGGGAGUCAAUUAUCUUAUUAUAUCCCUUCACGACCGCCAAUACGCUCUCGUAUACGUAAAAUACUGUCUUGCUUUUACUGUAUACCUACAAAUUAUAAUAAUGGUAGGUAUGAAAUUAAAUUCGGACCCAAGUGAUAAACAGAUCUAUGUAGUUAGGUAGAAGUGCGUGUUAAACAUUUUAUUAAUAGUACCUGAUAGGCGUGUAAUGGUAUGUCUAAUCCCAAGUUUUCCCAAUGGUGAGCUUCUUUACACAGUUCCAGGAUGUUUCUA